AUGUAUAUAAGUCGAGGGAACUUUCAUAAGGCUUUUGAUGAGAUCAAAAAGACAUCACUGAGCCAUUCCACGUGUAAAUUGGUUAUAUUUGUAUCUUGUUUGAAUAUAGAUGCUCUUUGUGCUUCCAAGAUUUUAACUCAUGUGCUCAAGAAAGAAUUGAUACAAUAUCAGUUGAUACCAAUUGUUGGAUAUACAGAACUUAAGGCACAUUAUGAUAAGUUAGAUGAUGAUAUUUCCAAUAUAAUACUGCUUGGAUGUGGGUCCAUGGUUGAUCUAGAAAGUUUCUUUGAAAUUGAUCCAAAUGCAUUCAUGGAUAAUGAUAGUGGUCUUGAUGAAGGUGAGCAAACUUCAAGUAGGAAAAUCUAUGUCAUUGAUGGUCAUAAACCUUGGAAUUUAGAUAAUGUUUUCGGUUCUCAUAUAAUUACAUGUUUAGAUGACGGGUUCAUUGAUAGAGAACUUUCAAAGGAAAAAGAAGCAUAUGAAACAUUGAUUAGUUUACAAGGUGAUGAAGAUGAAGAUGAGAAUUCUGAUAGUGAGAAUGAAAGUACAGAUGAGGAUGAAGAUGAAGACAACCAUGAGAUAUCAGAGGAUGAAGAUGCAGAUGGUAAUGUUAGUGAUAGUUCAGAAUCAAGAAAGAGAAAACAUAAGGCCGAACAUAAAGCCAAAAAGAAGAAGAUAAAGCAUAAUGAGCAAAUACUGGAAGAUUACUAUUCAACAGGUACCACAAUUUCAGUUUCAGUUUCUUUACAAGUUUAUACUCUUUUAUCAGAGAUUGGUGAAACAAAUACUGAAAAUUUAUGGUUAACAAUCAUUGGAACAAUUUCAUUAGAUAGUCAAUAUCCAGAAGUUUAUCGUUCCACAUUCAAAUCAUUGAAAAGUGAAGUGACAAGAUUGAAUCCAACAACCUUAAACAAUACCAAAAAUGCAGAUUCUUUAAGUUUAUCAAUUGAUACAGAUUAUUAUUUAUUUUUACUUCGACAUUGGACCCUUUAUGAUAGUUUUUUCUAUUCUAAUUAUGUCAAUGCCAAAUUAUCAAUAUGGCAAGAAGAGGGCCGGAAGAAAUUGCACAAGAUGUUUGCCCGUAUGGGUAUAUCAUUACAAGAUACCAAACAACAUUGGUUAUACAUGGAUAGUACAAUAAAGAAGAACCUUAAUGUUACAUUCAAUAGAGUCCUAGGAUAUUAUGGAUUAGAAGAUUUGAUAAGGGAAGGGUUUUUAAGAACUUUUGGGUUUAGAGGAUCUAUUUCUGCAAGUGAAUGUGUUGAAUCCAUAGCUGCAUUGUUAGAACAUGAUAAAAGUGCUGUUGAAUAUUCAGAAGAUGAAGAUAUUAAUGAAUUGAUUUCCAAGAAAGAGAAAGUUUGGAUCAGUAAUUUCUGGUCAAGUUGGGAUGCUUUAGAUAAUAAUGUGGAGUUAAUUACCAAAGGUCUUGAAUAUGCUAAAGAUUAUCAAAAGAUUAUUUUCAAUACGGGUAUGGCAAUUUUGGAAAAGAGAAUGUUGAAAAAUUUAAAGAUCUAUAGAUUAGUGGUUUUAAAAGAUGGUCCAGAUAUUGAAUAUUUUAAAAAUCCAUUGAUUUUAACAAGAUUAGGGAACUGGAUUUUGGAAAGUUGUGCAGAAUUUGAUAGAAAUUUAUUACCGUUAGUUCUUGCAGCAUUGGAUGAGAAAACAGAUACAUAUUUAGUCAUUGGGCUAGCACCUCGUUAUCCAAGAGGUCGUAAAAAUUUAGAAGAUUUGAAUCAAAGUACAACAAUGUUGAACACAUUUAGCAUAGCAUUUCAACAGGUUGCAAAUAAUACUGGAGCUAAAGUUAGAAUUGAUAGUUUUGAAAGUUCAAUUAUUGAGAUUAGAAAGGAAGAUUUAGCACCAUUUUUGGAAAGACUAACAUUGAGUGGUCUUGUUUAA